CCCCUAAUACACCGACGUGUUCUUUUUUUUUUUUUUUAAAAAGCCUGCAACCUCAAAUCUCCUCAAAAUGCCGGCAAAAGUGUGUCUAAUGUGUCCAUUGCGUUUAGGCUACGCUUAGACAAGGGGAAAGGGUUUUUGGGUUUGGGUGACGCUCUGAAUCACGUGCUCAUUUGGACCACACACUGUAUAUUUCUUUCCGUUCUCAUUCCGCCGUCCGUGUCACACCGACAUAAACAGUGUGCCAUAGGGAGUUGAUGUACCUUGCUGUGGUCACUGACGGGUUCACGUCAGUUCACGGGGUUCAGCUGAGGAGAGGUCUCGGCCCCUCCUCCUAGUCGGAGACACCGACCAGAGCUAAUCUAAUGUUAUUCAUUUCUGUAUUAAUAACGGAUUUCCAUUUCUUCAUACCGGACCAGCUAUAAGGUUUCCAAUGUGUGGCUGAUAGACACUCCUGUACUGGAUGGAAGCAGUCCCAAAAAAUUAGGAUGAAUGAGUAAUAGCCACCAUAUCAUGGCAGGCCCGUGACACGGAAGCCCAUCCACACACCACAAUUCUUCAAAACCGGUCAUCAGUCCCAACAGUGAACCCAUCUCCCAUCAGCACAAACCCCCCUCUGGCCAUCCAUGUACAGCCAUGGCCAGCAAAAGGAAGUCCACAAUCCCUUGCAUGAUCCCAUCCAAAAGCAAACACAGAGAGGAGAUCAUACUGGGCUGCCUACCUGAACUCCUACCCACAAUUCCCGAAGACAGCAUUCUCAGCAUUUCUGGAGAGGAGGAGGAAACACACGCCCCUCCCAAAAAGCAGGGCAAUGUCACCUGGAAGCAUCCUGCCACCAGAGGGGCAGCAUACAGCUGCCCACCCUGUAGAUUUGAGACCACAGACCUGACACCUUUCCUCGACCAUCUGGACAGCCACCACAUGGACUUUCGGGCACAGCCAAGUUUCCACUGCCAGAAUUGUGGGGUUUCAGCGUCAUGCUUCGAGGCCCUAAUCUUACACAAUGCAAAGACACACCCUGGAACUGGCUUAGCAGGGAGCCCUUUGAGCACCUCCCUCCGAGUCUCAAAGAAAGGUGGGGUAACUGUUGUGGAACAGCACUUGAUCCUGGUGCCUACAGAAGACCCUGGCGACACUAGGAUUCCCAUCAACAGGACGUCUGCCAUGAAGAUGACCAAGACCAAGGAGGAUCUCAGAAAGAUUGUGGUUUCCCACACUGGGGAGGUGCACAGGGUUGACUCAAGCGGUGACAAAGUCGUGGAGAUCAGAGACCCCACUGUGUUGGCACAUAUGCAGACCACAGCACUUAAUGGAUCCCUCGGGAGGCUCCCUCUCCCGUCUGCCAUGCAAAUUGUCAGUGGAGCUGGUGCACUUCCUAGCCUGAGAUCGCAGAACAGAGGUCCCAUUCGACCAUCAUUUACCACUCCAGUUAAUCCUCCAAAUUCGUCUCUCCCACUCAAUGCCUUUCCUCCCUCCGAUCCGAACAACAACCUCCCCAAGGUGAUGAUUCCUCUGAGCAGCAUCCCUGCCUACGAUGCUGCCAUGGACUCCAGCAGCUUCCUGAAGAUGUCCUUCAGCAAGUUUCCCUACCCUACCAAAGCUGAGCUCUGUUACCUGACUGUGGUGUCUGAUUUUCCUGAGGAACAAAUCAAGCUGUGGUUCACAGCUCAGCGUCUAAAGCAAGGCAUCAGCUGGUCCCCAGAGGAGAUUGAGGACACCCGGAGAAGGAUGUUCAACACAGUUUUCGAGGCAGCACCCGAAGGUUCACAGAAACAGCAGCCCCACUACUUCAUGCACCAACACAGAACAGCUGCCCAGGCAGCCGCUGUGGGGCCAAACUCCCGUGCUCCCCAGGUACCACAAGGUGUCAUCGGUAGGUGGAAGCCAGGGGUCAUAGUCACCCAGUCCAAUGUGAUCCCAAGGCCUCCAGCAAAGCCCCAGUCAGUGGUUAGAACAACAGCACAUCUACAGCCCAGAGCUGCUACCAGUACCAUCUUUGAUGCUAUGAGCAGGAAUCUUUCAAGCAGUGGCCAUCACAGCAGCAGCAGCAUCAUCAGCAGUAACAUCAGUCACACAUCUGCUCACCGACAGGCUGUACAUUCACACACCAAGCUGCCGGAGAGUGAGGCUGGAGGCAGCAGCUUAAGCAAAGACAAUGUUAGCAGCAUAGCUGUCGUUUGUAGUGUUAAUGAUUAUCACAAACCAACGAUCAGUAACAGCUCAAGUCUAAGCAUCACUUCCAGCAAUGGCAGCACCAGUGCCUUGAACAGCAUUUAUAGCAACUUUGUCAGCAACAACUUUUGUAUUCGAAACACUAGCCCCACCAGCAAAGCUACAAGCUGCAACCCUAACGCUAAUGGAGGCAUCGGUAGCCAAAGCAAGAGCCCCGGCCACAAUAAUGAGAACAGCAAUGCCAGCAUAUCUAACAGUGAUAGCAACACUAGCACCAGCCCAUUGAGAACUAGCAAUACUGAAGAUAGUGAUAUCUCAAACCACACCAGCAAGAUCAGCUCUGAGAACACAGACACUUCCCCCUUCACCAGCAAUGAAAGUGGAGUGGUAGACACACCACCAGUUCCGUUGCACUGCCCUAUCCAACCUUGUAGCUCCCUUGACUCCUUUCUUAGUAAAGCUAAGAAGUCCCAGGAACAGCUUGAAGCACUGAAGAAGAGCUAUGUCCACUGCCAGUUCCCAAACCAGAAUGAGGUAGAGGAACUCAUGGCGGCCACUGGCCUAACAAUGAGAGAGGUUCGCAAGUGGUUCAGUGAUGGGCGUUACCAUGACCGCACUGUGAAAGGGUCACAGUCUUCUCUGGAGAUGCAUUCUGAAGAUCCAUUGCCAAGUUCUGCCAUUCCCUCUCUGGACCUAGCAGACAACUCUAUGAGAAAUGGCCCUACCAGCCAGCCCACCUUGAGCCCCCCUCCCCCUACACUGCUGAAGCAACAAGUUCCUGUAUCAGCUACUCCACAUAAAGUGCCCCGCGUACCUUCUCCAGACUCCACUGCUGUUUACUACAAAGAGCGUGACCCACUGCAGCUGAUUGCCUUAGAGGAGAGCUUCAGUCAGGACAUUCAGCCGUCUGAGGCUGAGGUUGACAGGCUUCGAGUUGAGACUAAGAUGACCCGUCGAGAGAUCCACAGCUGGUUCUCUGAAAGGCAAAAGAGGGAGGCUAGUCAGAAGCGAGAUGAGAAGAACAAGAAAGACGAGGGUGACUGGGCCCUCCACUCCCCCCCCACUUUAACCAAGGAGGAUGGUCAAUUCAAAACAGAGGUCACAAGCCAGAGACUGACAAUGAAGGAACUGUGUCCAAUGGACGAGGAACAAUCAGAGAGCAAGGGCGGAAGCCCUGAGCCAAAAGUCAACCCCAUCAAAAUUAACCUAAAGAUGCUCAAGGUAACCGAUCCAGAGGGCAAACACGGGCUGAUGGUCGUGUCACCUGAGCAAGAAUCGGACAUUUCUAAAAUGAUGUCAUCACCAUCCUCCUCUCUUCUGUCUGACAGGAUAACUCCUGAUCAAAUGCACCUUCUUCGAAAGACCUUUGCCAGCACCCCGUGGCCAAACAACCAGCAGUUGGACGAGCUGGUCAUGGUCACAGGACUCCAUAAGUCAGAGGUGGUGCGCUGGUUCAGUGACAGUCGUCGAAUCCACAAGAAUGGACAGCUACCAUGGCUCGACACGUACCAGAACACAUUGGCGGAGGCCAGAGUAUGGUUUGCAGAGGAGGAUAGACACAACAUAACAGGUCACACAGGGACUCAGAGGGAUGACCAGACCAAUUUCAUGGGGCCGGAUCUGGCUAGGGGUUUGGCUGGAUCUGAGAGUCUCGAACGAGAGCAAGCUUGUGUGCUGGAGGGUUCACAGAGGUACUUGUCCUCACUGCUGAAGUCUGGAGAUCCUGAAGGCCUAGAUGACAUGACAAGAGUGGCGACACCAAUGCAGGACCCAUGGGCAGUCAAGGGAGAAGAACACCAGCAGCCUAUUGACAGUCAGAGUUUUAGGGAGCACCAGGCCCAAGACAAACAGUCUAGGGACAGUCUGAGGAGGGAACUGCUGAAGGUGUGAUGACUGCAGGCAGCGGAACCCGAACAGGAGUCUUGGGGGGGGCCUGGGAGUGCAAGGGGGGAGCGGGAGGGGGAGGGGGAGGGAGAAGGGGACGGGGGGUUUUACUGUUAACCAUUGUGGGUUUGUUUUUCGUUAUGACAGCACACGUGAUUGUAAUUAGUCUGUGAAGGCAGUGUGAGACCCCCCCGCCGGAAGGGAGGGAUACGUCGAAGAAGAAUGUCAGAGAGAAAGAGAGCGAGAGAAAAAAAGCCCACUGAAGGACCAGAAAGAUGGAGAGAGGGAGGAAAAUGGAAAGAUAAACCCACCUCUUUGGGGGCCUAUGGUGAACCAUGUCUGAAACUGCACUAUUGAUAAGGGUUGUUUGGUUGUUGUUGUUUUUUUAAAUGACUGGACAAAGAAGGUGUCGUUGUGACAUUGUGAUAUUUCUUACUUUUUAUUUUUUAGUUAUCAGUACUUCAGCACUGCCUUGAAUUGUACUAUAUCCGUAAAGGAUUUUUAAAUGUAUUUCUCCUGUUAUCACUGUAAUUCCAGAUAAGAGUGAGUCUGUACUUUAUGUUAAGCUCUAUAAUUGUUAGUGAAAAAAAAAUAUCACACAGUGGCUAAAAGCAAAAAGAAAACAACAAAAAAAAGAUUUUUUUUAACUAGAGGUAAAAAAGUGAGAAAAAAAAAGACAAAAAAGGAAGAGGCUUAAGUCAUAUUUGACCGCAUUAGUGGUGUCUGCUGCACACUUCUGAGUUGUUUCACAUGUAAACGUUGCCUUAAUACCCUACCCACUCAUUCCCUAUUUUACAGUGACUGGCUCCACAGCGACUGUGCUGCAAAGACCCUAUAAGGAGUCUAUAAAUUGAUGGCUAGAAAUCUCCCCAGGAGAAUCUGCUGCUGUAUUUUUCAGAAAGGUACUAAAACUUCUGUAUUAAAAAAAAAAAAAAAAAAAACAGCUGAAAUGAUGAAUAUUAUGUUUAAACUAAUUAAAAAAAGAAAGACUAAUAUGAUGCAGAACUUGAAAUGGUGGACUUGGAAAAAAUAUGACAUGGUGAAAAAAAAAGAAGAAAUCCUAGCUAGACAGCCAAAUGAAGAGCUCUGCUGAAUGGACUUCUGUGUUUGCUGACAAUUCGAUGUUGAUUUAAACAAUGAGAAUGCAACUAUCCUGCAUCUCCAAACAAGCUGCUAUGUGUGUUAAGAAAGGUGCUAAACCAUCCCAAAGAGAGUGGACACAUCCCUUUCUGGUGUUGUAUGCAUUAGUAUUGAAUGUGGUCAAGUCUGAUCUCUCUGAACAAUAGCAAAGACAAAUCUGGGCUUACAGUAUUAUCCUGUUCACUUUUGACUAUGAAAACAACACACAUACUUAGCACCGUUGUAUUACCCUUUCUACACAUUCAAGAUCUUUACAGAAUAAAUGGAAUACAGCAAA